CUCACGGGGAGACGGUUGGUGAGGUACCAUCAACGAUUGUGAAUAAUUUUUUACAUUUUCGACAUUAAAAUUUGAGUUUUGGUUGCUCGAGGAGGCAGCUUUGCCUCGACGUUUCAUUUAAACUUGCCUUGUAAAGUUCGAGUUUAAAAGACGAUAUAUUACGGUAUUGUCUUAGUUAUUUUUCUCGUUAAAGCAAUAUCUAUCAACUGAAGGGAGGCAUUUUCCUUCUCAUUCACAACAGUUUUUGACCUGUCUCCUCGCCUUAACGCAAGCUGUUCUGGUUAAAUCCAGGCUAAAACAGAUCCAUCUUCUGAGGAGAGCCGACUGACAGCGCCAACAUGGGGUAUGGACGGUCGGACAGCUACCGCGUGGCUACCACGCAGGACAAGGACGAGAAGGAUUCACCCAAGAAGAAGGGAGGCAAGGACUUGGAUGACCUUAAGAAGGAAGUUCCCAUAACGGAACACAAAAUGUCUGUUGAGGAGGUUUGCCGAAAAUACUGCACUGAUAUUGUCCAGGGUUUGACUAAUGCCAAGGCUGCAGAAUACCUGGCCAGGGACGGUCCUAAUGCCUUGACCCCACCCCCCACCACCCCAGAGUGGGUGAAGUUCUGUCGCCAGCUGUUCGGUGGCUUCUCCAUCCUGCUGUGGAUCGGUGCCAUCCUCUGCUUCCUGGCCUACGCAAUCCAGGCUGCCACAGAGGACGAGCCCGCUGGAGAUAACUUGUAUCUCGGUAUUGUGCUGUCAGCUGUCGUCAUCAUCACUGGCUGCUUCUCCUACUUCCAGGAGGCUAAGAGCUCAAAGAUCAUGGAGUCCUUUAAGAACAUGGUCCCUCAGCAAGCCCUGGUGAUCCGUGAGGGAGAAAAAAUGCAGAUCAAUGCUGAGCAGGUGGUGGCAGGAGACCUGGUGGAAGUGAAGGGAGGAGACAGGAUCCCCGCUGAUCUCCGUAUCAUCUCUUCCCAUGGCUGCAAGGUGGACAACUCCUCCUUGACCGGUGAAUCUGAGCCCCAGACCAGGUCACCUGACUGUACCCAUGACAACCCCCUGGAGACUCGCAACAUUGCCUUCUUCUCCACCAACUGUGUCGAGGGAACUGCUCGUGGUAUUGUUGUGUGUACCGGUGAUCGCACAGUGAUGGGCCGUAUUGCCACUCUCACCUCAGGCCUGGAGACUGGAAAGACACCUAUUGCUAAGGAGAUCGAGCACUUCAUCCACAUCAUCACAGGCGUUGCCGUCUUCCUCGGCGUGACCUUCUUCGUCCUGUCUCUCAUCCUGGGUUAUACCUGGCUGGAGGCUGUCAUCUUCCUCAUUGGUAUCAUUGUGGCCAAUGUGCCAGAGGGACUGCUGGCCACAGUCACUGUGUGUCUGACACUAACUGCUAAGCGUAUGGCUCGUAAGAACUGCCUGGUAAAGAACUUGGAGGCCGUGGAAACGCUUGGCUCAACCUCCACCAUCUGCUCUGACAAGACAGGAACUCUGACCCAGAACAGGAUGACCGUGGCCCACAUGUGGUUCGACAACCAGAUCCAUGAGGCUGACACCACCGAGGACCAGUCUGGCUCCUCCUUUGACAAAAGCUCCACAACAUGGGUGUCUCUGGCUCGUGUGGCUGCUCUUUGCAACCGUGCUGUGUUCAAGGCUGGUCAGGAAUCUCUGCCCAUCCUGAAGCGUGAGGUGGCCGGUGAUGCCUCUGAGUCAGCCCUGCUGAAGUGUAUUGAGCUGUCCUGUGGUUCCGUCAAAGCCAUGAGAGACAAGAACAAGAAGGUGGCCGAGAUCCCCUUCAACUCUACCAACAAAUACCAGCUCUCAAUUCAUGAAAGCGAGGAUGAAAAUGACAACCGCUAUCUGCUAGUGAUGAAGGGAGCCCCAGAGAGGAUCCUGGACCGCUGCACCACCAUUAUGAUGCAGGGCAAGGAAAACCCAAUGGACGAUGAGAUGAAAGAAGCGUUCCAGAACGCCUACCUGGAACUUGGAGGACUGGGAGAGAGAGUACUUGGUUUCUGCCACCUUUUCCUGCCAGAGGACAAGUAUCCCAAAGGUUUUGCCUUCGACACAGACGACGUCAACUUCCAGACAGACAACCUUUGCUUCGUCGGCCUCAUGUCCAUGAUUGACCCUCCCCGUGCUGCUGUUCCUGACGCUGUGGGAAAAUGCCGCUCAGCUGGCAUCAAGGUCAUUAUGGUGACUGGUGACCACCCAAUCACAGCCAAGGCUAUUGCUAAGGGUGUGGGCAUCAUCUCUGAGGGCAAUGAGACAGUGGAAGACAUUGCUGCACGCCUCAACAUCCCUGUCAGCCAGGUCAACCCCAGGGAUGCCAAGGCCUGUGUGAUCCAUGGUACAGACCUGAAAGACCUCAGCCAGGAGCAGAUGGAUGAUAUUUUGAGGAACCACACAGAGAUCGUCUUUGCCAGAACCUCCCCACAGCAGAAACUCAUCAUUGUAGAGGGCUGCCAGAGACAGGGUGCUAUCGUGGCAGUGACAGGUGACGGUGUGAACGACUCUCCUGCCCUAAAGAAGGCUGACAUCGGUGUUGCCAUGGGUAUCUCAGGCUCAGAUGUAUCUAAACAAGCUGCAGACAUGAUCCUGCUUGAUGACAACUUCGCCUCCAUUGUCACUGGAGUAGAGGAAGGUCGUUUGAUCUUUGACAACCUGAAGAAGUCCAUUGCAUACACUUUGACCAGCAACAUCCCAGAGAUCACUCCCUUCUUGUUCUUCAUUCUCGUCAAUAUCCCACUGCCUCUGGGCACUAUCACCAUCCUCUGCAUUGACCUGGGAACUGACAUGGUACCUGCCAUCUCUCUGGCCUAUGAAGCAGCAGAGAGUGACAUUAUGAAGCGUCAGCCCAGAAACCCACUGAGGGACAAACUGGUCAAUGAGCGACUCAUCAGCAUCGCCUACGGACAGAUUGGUAUGAUCCAAGCUCUUGGUGGUUUCUUUGCCUAUUUUGUCAUCAUGGCUGAAAAUGGUUUUCUGCCAUCUCUUCUCGUCGGCAUUCGGCUCAACUGGGACGAUCGCUCAAAUAACGACCUGGAGGACAGCUACGGCCAGCAAUGGACAUACGAGCAGCGUAAGAUCGUUGAGUUCACUUGUCACACAGCCUUCUUUGUCAGUAUCGUGGUGGUGCAGUGGGCAGAUGUGAUCAUCUGUAAGACCAGACGUAACUCUGUGUUCCAGCAAGGCAUGAAGAACAAGAUUUUGAUCUUCGGCCUGUUUGAGGAAACAGCUCUGGCUGCAUUCCUGUCCUACUGCCCAGGCAUGGAUGUGGCACUACGGAUGUAUCCACUCAAGCCCAGUUGGUGGUUCUGUGCAUUCCCGUACAGUUUCCUCAUCUUUGUUUACGAUGAGAUCCGAAAAGUCAUCCUUCGCCGAAGCCCUGGAGGAUGGGUGGAAAAAGAAACAUACUAUUAAAUUAUCAAAACAUCAUUUACUUCUCACCCCCUUCUCCCCUUAAACUCAUCCCUCCUCUCUUUCUCUUCCUCUCUCUGUCCCACUCUCCUCCUACCCUCCAUCCAUCCCUCCUCUCCUGUCAACACACUCAAACUUUACAAGAAAACUAUGUUUACUUCUCCUCUUCAUCCUCCCAUUCUCAUCCCCCAAAGAAACAACUAAAAAACAAAAUGCCAAGACAACAAGAGGACCAACGACAGAGGAGGAGGGGACCGGGAGGGUUACGUUUCUAAGUCCUCCCUGUUGUCUCCUUUCCUCUGUCCUCUUUUUAUUUUCUAUCCAAAGUCUUUACAGCAUUCGUCUGCCAGUAACACUGUUGUGCCGAUGUUUCUUACUGCCACUCUUCAUACGUGUGCUCAAACUACACCACUGUGUAGAUCCAAUAAGAAUAGAUUUACAAAAACGACAACAAAAAUGUGACUGUUUUACUGCGACCACACGUGCCGAGCAGAACAACCACAUGGCAGCUCCCGUCUAGACUCCUAAACAGGCGAUCCGAGCAAGCGGGUGAGAGUUAAACACCAGGAUCCAGCUCUUUAAUCACUGCCAUUUCCUGCCAUUUGUUUACUACAACUGUACUUUUUUUCUUCUUUUUCUAUGUCUAUCAACUCACUGCCAAUCUUCUACUGCCGCUCUCUCCUUCGCCACCCUCCCUUCUCUUCUUCCCAGUCUAUCAAUAAAGGAUCAAUCUACCAUAAAACCUAAACACUCACUCACUCACAGAAAAAAAGAGGUCCCCUUUCCUCCCUUCCUGUCUCCCUCCCCCUCGUGUUAUUUUCUGCUUGUGUUGUUGUUGUUUUCUAUUAGACGACUGGGUGUUUUUUUAAAAAGACAAAAAUUGUUCGUAAAGUUAUUCUUUUAUUUAUUUUUUAAGUUUGGUGUGGGUCUGAGAGCUGCUUGUUUUCAUUCGGACAUGACAAAGCACACUAUCUCUCCCUCCUCUUCCUCCCCCUUUACCCCCCCUCCCUUCUCCUCACCCUGCCUGUUGAUCUGUCCCUGAUUGUCUGUCUGUUUGUGAACACUGUGCAAACCCUCCGUCCUUGUAAACUACCACCCACUUUCACUACCUGCCUCCUCUUAUUCUCCCAACCUCACCCUCCUUGCAACCUCCCCCCCUCAACCCCACCCAACCUCACCCCUGUAAAAGAAGAAAAUACAAUCUUUCUGUGUCCUCAGAAAAAGAGAUUUCUCUCCGAUUUCAUUGUUUAAAUCAGUGGAAAUAUGAAAAAAGGCACUGUAUCUUAUCUUGCGAAACAGCAGCAAAAAAAGAAAAUGAAAUAAAAUAGAAGGAUCUCUCUUUUUCAG